AUGGCGCCGCUAGCGCUCACGAAGAUCAUGGUUCUCCCGCUGCUGGUGUUCACUCUGAUGGCGAUUACGCUGGUGAUAAGCUCGUUGGCGGCACUCACGACGAUAAAGACCUCCACGCUGCCUGCACUCCCGCUGGUGGUGGCGACGUUGGUGAUAGACGCGCUGGUGACGCUCUCGAUGCCCACGUCCCUCACGCUGCUGGCGUACCUGCUGGUGGCGCCGUUCUCAAUGGUAGUUUCGCUGGUGGCGCUCCUGACGGUAAUAAUCCUCCCGCUGCUGCGCUGCUGGCCUUCUGGCAGGUGGCGUCGUCGUUGGUGA